UGCCAGCAGCGUCAACAAUUCUGCUAGUUAGCGGCAGCCAGCAGGGUAAAUGUUCGCACAAAAAAAUUACAGAGCAACAUUUCAAUUUGAACGUUUUACCUAUGCGUAUGUGCGCGUUGUUACCGUUUUUUGGCGAGCGCGCGCGGUAAAAGUGAUCGCUUGAACGAGUUUACGCGUACGCGGCAAAUUUUACAACCAAAACAAAAUAGUGCAUAAAUACUACCAAAUAUAAGUGUACAUAGAAAAAUAUAUCCGUAGGCGCAAAGGACACUGAACACCUCGGCAGUCGACCAUAUCAUGAAGUGGAACUGCGCCAAAUCGAAUUGAAAGUGCAAAAGGUGGUCGCAUAUAUUAUAUAUACAUACAUGUACAACAACAAAAGCAGCAAGAAGGAGAAGAAGAACAAUAGGCGCUAAAGGAAUAUAAAUACUUGAAAUAUAAAAGUGAAGGAGCAGGCAGAAAAUUAAUUGCAACCAAAACAAAAACCAAAAGUGCAAACCAGCAAAACAAAAGUAAACAAAACGUACACAAACAAUUUUAUUGUGCAAAAAGUGAAUGAGUAUUGUGUGGGUGAAGCAUUUAAGGCUCGUGCACAGCUGCAGCAUUCGAGUUGCAAGCGACAGAAAAAGGAGUGUUCGCGCCGCAAGUGUGCCAAACCGAGCGAAAAAAGGCGAAAAAGGUGAAAAAGGCAAUGACAAAAAAAAUUCAGUUAACAAGAUACGAAACAGCAACCAUAAAUAAAUAUCAGGCAAAAAAUAUCCAAAAAUAACAAAUAAAAAAAGCUUAAAGUGUGUUUGUGUGUAGCGUUCGUGCUACAAAUUAGUCAGCACAAAAAAUGCAUAGCAGCAGCAGCAACAACAACAGUAAUAACAACAACAACAACGGUGCCUACAAAAGCGAGUACAACAGCUGGCAUAGUAAUGGCAACGCGAUGACCGCGGCGCUGUUGCAACAGCACCAGCAACAGCAACAGCAGCACGUGCACCAAUUGUUGCAACAACAACAAAUGCAGCAGCAACAGCAACAGCAACAACUACAGCAACAGCAACAGCAGGCGCGCAUUAGCAACUGGAUUUGUGAUACGAAUCGCACACAUCACUCGCUUGUGCAUAACAACAAUAUCAGCAAUAGUAGCAACAACAUUUGUGGCCAACAACAACAACAACAACAACAGCAACUACAUGCUGCAUAUAUGCAGCACCAACAGCCAUAUGCAAAUUAUCCCCAACCUGUGCCCACCCCUCAUCCCCAGUUGCCCCAGCCACACCAGCAACAACAGCGACAAAAUCAGCAACAACACCAAUCUACAUGUGCCGCUGCUGUUACAACCACUUCAACCAACAAUUGCUACUACGCACCGCGCAUGCAACAACAACUGCUUAAUCAGCAGCAAUUGUCGCCACAAACUCAACACCAACACCAACAACAACAGCGUUCGCCACAGCAGCAGGUGCCAACACCAAUGCGUUCGCCAUACCAAGCUGUUGCUGCUAGUCCCCAACCUCAUCCACAUUCCCCUUCGCCCGUGCCGUCGCACACGGCCACACGCACACUUCAGCAACAAUUAGCGGCUGCAGCAGUGGCGGCGGCUGCAGCCCGCAAUGUAACGCAACAACACCACCAGGCGACCCAGCAUCAGCACCAUCAGCAGCAACACCUUCAACAACGGGUAAGUGUCCGAGGGGCAAUGCCACACAUUGUUUAAGCGACGGCUAAUUUACCCAGCCGCAUCUGCAUUCUGAUUUGUCGACUUGAUGGCGACGGACAUCGAGCUUGAUUGCCUCUUUGUUGUUUCUUUGUUUCUUUAUUUUUUCUUUGUUUUCACCUAAGUGUUGACUUUCUUUAUGUUCUCGUUAAUGUAUGUACGUAUGCAUGUGUUCGUGUUCGUAUGUAUAUGAUUACAACACGUUUCUUCGUGGUUUACGCCCAUUUAAUGGGUGGUGCUUAAAACAGAUAAACAAAUAGUUUGUUGUUGCAUUGAAUUAAAGUCUAAACGAAAAUGUUUCUGUUAAGCGAACAAAAGGAGGAGCCUUAGAUCCAUUUGUUAUUCAUAGACUUGUCAAAAUGCUAAAAUUUAUAUGUACGAAUACGCGGAUAUAUCCUAUACUGGGUGACAUAUAUUUGCAUGAAAACUGUAGGUAUUUGCAAUUAUGAAUUUUUCACGCUGUUUGCGUGCUACAAAAUUAUUACAUAAAACUCUUUAAAUUGCAGUAUUAGAA